CUCUAUUUCCAUUUUCGCGCCUCUCUCGUCGCCCUCGGCGUCCAUUUCCCUUUCUGCUCCCGUGGUGUGUUCGGUAGGACGCUCCGGGGAGGAAUUUUUUGUUACUUGUGACCGCAGUCGGUCUCGGGAUCAGCAUCGUUCAUCAUGAGUUUACCAUUGAACCCCAAACCGUUCCUCAAUGGCCUCACUGGUAAGCCAGUGAUGGUUAAGCUGAAGUGGGGGAUGGAGUAUAAGGGUUAUCUGGUGUCUGUGGAUGGAUACAUGAACAUGCAGCUUGCAAACACUGAAGAAUAUAUCGAUGGUGCGUUGUCUGGACACCUUGGUGAGGUUUUAAUAAGGUGUAACAAUGUAUUGUAUAUACGUGGUGUAGAAGAAGAGGAGGAAGAUGGCGAGAUGAGAGAAUAAAUUCAAACUAACUUGAUUUUGUACAUUUUUUGAAAAUAAACUGUACCUUUUAUUUUGAA